AAACUUGCAUGUUGCGCUUAACUUUUAGCAAAGAUAUGCGAAAGCUUUCUAUGUCUACAAAGAUCAUAGAUUAUGCAGAUACCUCUGUGGGUUUUCAGUCAGCUGUUUGUGUCAGAGCAUGAAGAGUUUAAUCUGUUUAUAUCGUGUUUGGUACGUGAACUGUGAAGUUUUGUUUUGAUGUGGAGAAGUGAGUGACGGACUUACACAGUGGUUGAAAGAAGAUUUUUUUUUCAUUAGUUGAUUUGAAGUUUUAUUCGUAUCCGUUUUGUGUGAAAUGUGAAAGGAUUCGUAGUAAUGAUUCGAUUUCUGGAAGAUGUGAGGACGGGUAUUGUAGACCCUAAAUCUUUUGUCUCUGUUGAAACCACCAAGAGAUCGUACAAUCUCCAACUCAGCAGGCACAGGGACGUAGAAAAUGCCCAUACAGCAGGCGUCAAUUCCCUAGAUGUCGAUGCUGUACAGGGCAAGUACCUUAUAUCAGGAUCUGCUGAUGGGACCAUUCAUUUUUACGAUUUGUUUAAUUAUAGUGGCUUACCACACUUCACUUCAAAGUUGGUGUACAAAAUUAGCAGAAAGAACAAAAAUGCCCAUAAACAUAGUAUAGAAUGUGUUCAGUGGUAUCCAUUCGACGCUGGAAUAUUUCUGACCAGUGGUAUGGACAAGCAGCUGAAAGUAUGGGAUACCAGUUGUAUGACUCCGGCGGAUUUAUUUCGUUUUGAAGGCAAGGUCUUUCAGCACCAUAUGUCGUCCGUGGGCUCCGGCACGAAGCUCAUUGCAGUGGCAACGUCCAUCAAUCAGGCGAUACUUGUAGAUUUAGUUUCUGGUUCAUACACCCAUGAAUUAAGGGGACAUACAAGUGCAAUACUGAGUUGCCGCUGGUCUCCAAGAGAAGAACAUGUUUUAGCUACAGCGAGCUGUGAUAAUAAGAUCAUUUUAUGGGAUGUACGAGCAGCGAAAAGCUGUUUGAUGGUAUUGGAUCAACAUAAUGGUAAAGGGCGAUCAAGCAAAGAAAACUCAGAUACUCAUACAGCACAUGAUGGUUACGUCAAUGGUUUGUGUUUCACAUCAGAUGGACUUUUUCUUUUGUCUCUGGGUACUGACAACAAAAUGCGUCUGUGGAAUACAUAUAAUGGCAAAAAUGAAAGAGUUAAUUUUGGAUCAAUUUCAAGUGAAACCAAGAAGUGUGUCCAGUUUGAUGUUGCCAAAAUUUCAAAUCCUCGACUGGUCUAUGUCCCAUCAGACGGCAAUAUUUUUGUGUAUGAAAUAGAAACAGGUGUGAAAGUGAGCACAUUAUCUGGCCAUUACAAUUGUGUGAACUGUUGUGUCUAUCAUCCUCAUUUCCAUGAACUGUAUAGUGGAGGUAAUGAUAGAAAUGUUCUGAUCUGGACUGCAGAUCAUUGUCAGGAUUCAGCAUAUGACGAGUACCUGAAAUCACAGAACAGUAAGACUGAUUCUUCUGACAGGCGAAGAAUAAUACCUCAUAGGAAUGUCACUGUGGAUACGUGGAGCAGUGAUGAAGAUUAAUUAGUUAGCUACAAGAAAUAAACACUUGGUAAACAUAAGGUACAUCAAACGGAAUUAUAGUAGCACCUGGAGUUUUAGUCACAUGUAUGUAUACUUUUAUGUUCAUAUCUCUAAAAAAAGAGAUGAAUGGCUGUGAUGAAGUAUUUGAAUGCCCUCUUUCUUUUUUUUUUUUAAAAAAAAAAAGAAGAAGAAAACAUUGUAUUCCUUAUUGAAUGCUUUGUAUUUAUGUUUUAUACAUAUAUUAUUAAUUAAUUAAUUUACCUUGUAAAAAUUGUACGAGACAUAUUUAUUGAAGCUUAGUAAAAUUUUCAUAUACCUGUUAUCUGUGUUGUUUACUGAAGAGGUAGUCAGAUUUCGUAUGGAUUCUUGUGUAAAUAUUCUGGAGAUAUGUGAGAAACUAUACUGUACAAAGUGGAUGCAUUUCUAUGUUGCAAUACCCUUCACAAAUUUUCGCAAUUGAAGUAAUUAUUUUUAUUUGCUAAUUAAGGUGCCAUGAUACUAGAAGUUGGCCUGUGUCAUUUGUAACUAAUUAGUUGUCAAAAGUUGUAUUAAUAGAAUACUGAUGAGAAAGUUUUGGUAUUUUCCAAAACAAAAUGAGUCUGUAAAGGUCAUAUGUGACUUGUGUCCCUCUUCAAAAUCUUAGUUGUGGUGGCAGGCUGAGUGGCGGCAUAGUCAGAACUCUUCUUUGGAUUGGAAGGUGACAGUUUGGUUGUAAGCUGGCAAAGCCAAUGAAUGUGUACAAAAUUGUGGUGGUGGUAACAGAUUGUUGUUUAGCAUAUCAUGAUGUCCAUAUUAAACAUACAGCUACUUUCCUUUAAAACACUAAAACUAAAAAGUAAAUUCAAAAUAUUUAUUACAUAGAAGAUAAUUCUCCAGCAAGUAUUUUGUGGCUUGUGUGUGCUGUACAUCAACUUCAAAAUAAAGAGUCCACUGCAAAAGUCAGUAACAUUUAUGAGUAAAAGUUACUUAGUGAAGUCACCUCCCUCCUCCCCCCCCCCCUCCCCUUUCACUUUUUGCAGUGUAUUUAUGGUACAUGGGGAAGAGUUAUGUUGCACAUCCCCUCACCCUUGCAUUUUUUGUAGUUUAUGUACACCUAUGUGGGCCUACAUAAUAUGCACCAAACUUCAUGUCAGAGAUUUGUCUAUCAUCUGAUACAGCUUUUCCAAAUGUAUCUUGCAGUUUUAAUAUUACAGUGAAAAAUGCAUCAAAUAUGACACAAAUGUAGACACUCGGCUACAUGACAGAUCCAUCUGUCCCACAAGCUUUAUUGUGAAUUCACAUUUGUUGACUUCACCAAAUCGCAACUGACUGAUCACCUUUCAGCCUAACCUAGACCCCAUGAUAGGCUAGUGAUUAAUCUGUAGCACUUAUCACGCUGAAGCACUUCUGCUACUGUCAACAGCAAAUCAUGGUGUGUAGCAUACCCUAGGUAAACAAAACUUCAAAUUACUCGCUGGAGAGUUUAUUUUGAUGAACAAAUGCUCUGUUUCCAAUGCAAAAGUCUUGAUUUUGUUAGUUGGUGGUGAGUUUUUGCCACCCAUGCUGAAAAGAAAAGAAAGAAAAUAUUUUGAUUGAGUUUUGAAUAUGAAUGACAUGUAGCUCUGUGAACUAAAUGUAUAUCAGCUUGGUGUCACACAGUGAAAAAUCAGCAUUAUAGUCGAUCUCUUAUUAAAACCAUGCUACAAAUCGACUGUGUGCCAGAUUAUUAAGAUCGAUGAAGAAUUUAUAUAUAUUGUUUUCUUUAGUAUCUUUGGAUUAUAGUUUCCCAAUGUAGGGUGAAGUGGGGUAAGUGUAACCAUGGGGUUAGUGUAACCACGGCUUAUGGUGCCUUAAAGAAGCUGUAUUUUUACCUCUGACCUAUCAUACAUGUUAAUUUACUCCUUUCUUUGUUAUAUUUAACCAUAAGUUGUCAAAUCUGACAUAAAUUGGUAAUUAAUUUUUGGAUUUGAAUUGACGUCUGCAUUUUCACUCUGCAAGAGAGUGACAUGUUCAGAAUUUGGUGGUCAGUCAUUUUUGCAGUUUUAAAGAUAACUGCACAAUUUUUUGGUUACAAUCUAACUUUUGCAUGAUAAUUUCAAACAUGAGAUUCGUUUUACUCUUUUGAUAAAGCUCUUGGUAUGCCAGGCAUAGUUACACUUACCUCAACUUUUUCCCAUGUGGGGCAAGUGUAACCAAUCGGCAGGGGCAUAACCUUGUUUUUGCUAUCACACUAGAUCAACUAAACUGGCCUUCCUGUACAUAUAGAUACCAUAAUACCUGAUGUGCUGGAUUUGUAGGUCUACUGAGUUUGUGAGAGAUAUAUUUUAUUUUUUAUUUAAGUAUACUAUAUUUUUAAACCAUGUUUCCUUUUAUAAAAUGACACAGAACUGUAAAGAAUGCCACCAUUUCAAUUACAGUACAGCAUGUGUAGCAGUGUUUAAGGGUGUGAAAUCUACUUGGGACCAAAAGUUAACUCGUCACCAGAGACAUCAUCAAGGAGUAAAAAUUAGCAAACGUGACUUUUCCAAUCUCCUCGCUGCUGUAUGGAAUGAAACACCACCUGAAUUGUUGAAAAGUGGUUUUCAAAAAGCAGGAAUAUUCCCUUACAGUAGAGAAGUAAUUGAUAAAACUAAAUAUGAACCAGAAGUCAUAUAAAAAAUAUGUAGCUCAUACCAAAUCUUUGGCAGAAACAAAUCCAUUGCCAGUUCACGAUAAUGCAGCCAUAGACUGUGUGGAAGCUACAUCUCUGACAGAAAGUACUCAGAUUUUUGGAAAGUUUCCAGCUGAACAACCUCCAGAAUUUUAUAGGCCUACAUCGACUGAGCCCUGCAGUUCUCCCAGUAUCAGACAGAGUUCUUUGUCAACCAUUCCCAAGCUAACCCAUAUUUCAUUAUGUUCUGGAACUUCUGAUUUGUCAUUUGAAAGCUCAUUAUUGGAAACAGUCCGACAGUGUAGUCUCCCUGGUAAAACAAAGAAGAAAAGGAUUCCACCAGGAGCUGAAGUUAUCACUUUUCAAGGUGCCAUCUAUAAAGAAAAAGGUUUUAAAGGAAACAAGAAUAAUGAGGAGAAAGCAAAACAGAAAAGCAUUAUCAGCAUAAAAAAGGGCUUGGUAAUGAAAAGUAAAUCUUCCAAACAAAGUGCUGUUACUUUAUCCGAAAUGGCAUCUCGGAAUGUUGUGAAAAAAAAAAAAAAAUCCCUGAUUGCUCAUGUCAGUAACAAGAAAAAAAGUCUAAGUUGAAUCAGUAAGUGAAGAAAGUGAAACAGAAGGAGGCCUAUCUUUAAUAAGUAGUGAUGAAGAAAAUGGGGCCAUAAUAACACUGGACGAUCUCAGGAAAGAAAUGAUAAACUGUGAAGAAGAAGAAGAAGGCAAACUUUUUUGAAGCCAAAGAUAAAAUUAC